CGGGUCCCACGGUGGUACAGAAACCCCCACGCUCAGUUCCAUGGCUCCUUCCUCUUCCACUCCACCCCACCCCACCCCAUCCCCAUGGGAGAGGAACAGAGCAGCUGACCCACCUUCUUCUUCUUGACUGAGCCGAUCCAGCUCGCCUUCCUCCCUUCCAAACAAUCAGACAGAUCCACUCUUCAUCCUCCUCCGCCGGACCUCCGGUCGAUCCGCCCCGCGGGUGAGGAUUAGGAACCCUCCAUCUGUUUCUUGGAGUUGAUUUUGUGAGGGUUUCUCUAAUUUUCUCCGGUCGAUCCGUCCCGCGGCCUCGUUUCCAUCUUGUUGGGGCUUGGAAGCGGGGCAAGCAGGCGGAGGGGGCGAAGCGAGACAGGAACCAGGCUGGAGGUGGAGUGAGAAGGGGAAGCAGAUAAAAGAAAGUUUGAUCCGGUGAAGCUGAGGAAACUUGGGCCCGUGUUUAAGAAGAUUGGCUCCGUAACUGCUGUCAAUUCCUCCAGUAUAAGGCCACACAAUGACCUUAAUAGAUUUCAUAGAGCUGAGCGAUGAUAACAUUAUUGACUUGAGCAGCGAUGAGGAGACUGUUCAUGAGGAUCAGAUUGCAACUCAACACCGGGCGAUGUUGCUUGAUAAGCAGGGUGUGUUUUUCCUUGCUGGUGAAGGAAGCCAAGGGGUGCAGGCCGUGUUUGUUGCAGCUGGUGAAGGAAGUCAAGAUGAGCAGGCUGUGUUUGUUGCAGCCAAUGAAGGAAGUCAAGAUAGGCAGGCUGUGUUUGUUGCAGCUAGUGAAGGAAGGCAAGAGGCUUCUGAGCCCGGACAUGCUUUGGAAGCUACCGCAUCGUCCAUGAUUAUGGAGGAAGCACCUCUUGUUGCAGCUAGUCAAGGAAGUCAAGAUGUGCAGGUUGUCUCUGUUGCAGCUAGCGAAGGAAGGCAAGAGACUGCUGAGUCCGUACAUGCUUUGGAAGCUACCGCAGUGUCCUUGGUUACGGAAAAACCACCUGUUGAUACGGUUGUGCUCGCUCUCCCACAUGCUGGAUCACUGAAUUGUCUUGGCUCUCCAACAUCAGGGCCAUUCGCUAGUAAAUUCCUCUCGUUCCCCUUUUGUCAUUACAGCCUGACUUCCACCGCUCCGAAGGCUCUGAUGUCUGAAGGUGGCGACACAAAGCUGGUGAGAGCGAAGGUGAAACGUCCUAGGAAGAACCACCAUACCGGCACUCCUAAAGCUGUGACUUCUGAAGGUGGCGACGCAAAGCCCGUGAGACUGAAGACGAAACAUCCUAAGAAGAAGAACCAUACAGAAAAACCACCUGUUGAUACAGUUGUGCUCGCUCUCCCACAUGUUGGAUCACCGAAUUGUCUUGGCUCUCCAACAUCAGGGCCAUUCGCUAGCUUGACUUCCACCCCUCCGAAGGCUCUGACGUCUGAAGGUGGCGACACAAAGCUGGUGAGAGCGAAGGUGAAACGUCCUAGGAAGAACCACCAUACCGGCACUCCUAAAGCUGUGACUUCUGAAGGUGGCGACGCAAAGCUCGUGAGACUGAAGACGAAACAUCCUAAGAAGAAGAACCAUACAGAAAAACCACCUCUUGGUACGGCUGUCCUCGCUCUCCCACAUGCCGAGUCGCCGAAUUGUCCUCACACAUCAGCGCCAUUCCCCAUGAUCUGCUGCAGGCCUAACUUGCACUAGCCCGAAGGCUCUGUCCUCAGAAGGUGGCGACGCAAAUCUGAUGAGUGGGAAGGUGAAACAUCGUACGAAGAACUACCGACCCUGCAAACUAACUCCUUAGACUGAAUCUUUCUAGCUACUGUUGCUGUAGUUCAUCUCAUAGGUAACCACUCUUAUUGUAUCCGUACUGGGAUCGGAGCUCGUGUUGCCCCCAUCUCUCUGCAUUCCUCUAGAAUGUCAGUUGUGGGUGAUUUUUGGGCUGGUUUUGUCAAGCACGUCAUUAGGUGGUAUUUUGGUGAACCUGGAAAUGGCGCGCAGCUGCUGUUAUCUGGGAGCUUAGGAAACUACUUAGAAUUUAGACUUUUUUGCCAUCCUGUCUCCAGGCUGAGAUGUAACCAAACCAACAAUAGAUUGCAAUUUGUGAGAGCAAUUGCAUUUUGAUUUUUUGUGAAAAAAGUGUGUUUUGGCUUUGGCAGAUGAAGGCUGAAGCUAUAUAUAUAGUUUAGUUCUGUUCAUAGAUGAAUGUACUAGUGUGAGUGUAACUUGCACGCCUGGUAAUGUUAUGCAUGACAUAAGUGCUAUUUGCUGUGGUUAAGAAUACAAGCUUUUGGAGCAUUA